UUUACAUCGCGUGAUUACUCCCUUAAAUUUGUAUUUUGAUACGCUAUGCUUAUUAUUUCAAGACUCUUGUAUACGUUAUUAUGACUGUGGGAUCAGUGGCUUCACCACUGACGACAUUUCUAAUUCUGUCUAUACUAAGAUUACCGGCUGCAAACUGAUCACUUUCAAAACACUCGUACGCAACAAAUUUAAAGCUAUGUAACUGGACUGAUUCUUCUUGCUGGAACGAUGUUGCUGGCCCAUUUGUCCACUAGCUGGCCCACAAAGUGUUAACGGCAAUACGCAUGUAUCAAAAAUUUUCUAAAGGCGAACAAGCGAUGACUUCAGUGCCAAACUAUUAUGCAGAAGGUUUUUGACCUAUUCAUUUUUCCGGGGCCCUAUUGCUACAAAACUUAUAUUCAAUUAAGACUUUGUUAAGUCCUGCUUUUUAAUAUUGUCAUUCCCUAUAUCAGUAUCAUUUCUUUCUUUAACCGUUGUGUAUGAGACUCGGACACAUGAAUAUGGAUACAACUCAAACAAAAAAUCGCGAGCUCAAGUGGUUUGAAAUGUGAAAACAUUACGCCCAAGGUUAGGUACGUUUACAAAAGCGGUAAAAUAGAUGGUGGCAAGGUGUUGGUGCAUGCACAAGCAGAUUUCCAGGCUUCCUUAGUAACAUUUCUUAACCUCAAAGAUUUUGCGACGUGUCCAAACCAUUAAGAAUGUGAAAAGUCAAGGCUUAACCGUUUCCAGUCUCAGACUUACUGCAUGGAGUUGACCAAAGGGUGAAAUACUGGCAAGUUCCAAACUUACAUUCAACCAGCUUCAUUAAAAAAAGCCGAUGACGUGUUCCCUCUCGGCUUAUUAGUAGACCCAUUCUCCGGCAAUGUCUCGAAAGUAGGUCACUUGACGGCUACAGCAUUGCUUUUCAAGCAUUUUGUGUUUUUAGUCAGUUCGGACGUGUCUAUCGAUCAUUUUUGGGACCAAAUUAAAAACAAGGCAAUUGCAAGUACAUCUGAUAUAUUAUAUAUAUAUUUGUGCACAAGCCUAAUCAAACUCAGUGCCAUGCAUAACUACCAGUAGUACGUGCUGUGGUCCAUCAAAACAUCAGUGUCAACCCUCGACCUCUGCAAACUACGUGACGUUCACGAAGUGUAUGUAUACAAACACGUUAAAAGCCUCACUUGAGUAAGCUGCAGAAGAAGGAAUUGGAGAAACGGGGGAGGAAUUCUUUCGAAAGAUCAUGGGUGAAACAGCAACUACUAUUACAUGGCCUUCAAAGCUGAAAAUUGGGGCAAAGUCCAAGAAAGACCCCCACAUAAAGAUAACUGGUCUUCCAGAAUCAGUAAAAUUGGCAAAGGAUAGAGUGAUGGCAGUUUUAGACACCAAGUCCAACAGGGUUACUCUUAAAAUGGAUGUUUCUCAUACAGAUCAUUCUCACAUCAUUGGUAAAGGUGGUUACAACAUUAAAAAAGUAAUGCAAGACACUGGGUGCCAUAUUCAUUUUCCUGACUCCAACAGAGGGUCAUCUACUGACAAGAGUAAUCAGGUUUCUAUAGCAGGACAACCACUAGGAGUUGAAGCGGCAAGACAGCAAAUAAGGGACAUGUUGCCAUUAGUUUUGUCAUUUGAGCUGCCGCUUGGAAGUAGAGGCCCAAUAGAUAACAAUUCAGGAAUUAUCCAACAUAUCUCACAGACAUGUAAUGUUAAUAUUACGUUCAAACAUAGACCUCGAAGUGGAAAUCAAACAGUCAUUUUAAGAGGAAGUCAACAAUCUAUACCUGGCAUCAAGGAUGCUGUCUCCAGACUAGUGGAAUAUUUUACAGGAAACAUAGUGUCAACAGUUCCCGUUAACAUGCAAAUUGACAUUGCACCUCAACAUCACCUCUUCAUCAUUGGCAGAAACGGCAGUAAUAUCAAACAUAUUACUACGCAAACAGGAGCUCACCUUAGUUUUCCAGACCCAAACAGCUCACAUCGAAAAGGAGCCGUUUUCCUAAGUGGAACCGUCGAUUCAGUCAUUUGUGCGAGAACAUUACUUUUGGAAUGUCUACCUCUGGUCCUUAUGUUUGAUCUAAGAGAGGAAGAUGGUGAUGUAGAUUCGGCGAAACUAACCAGGAUCAUGGACGACUAUAACGUCUUUGUCAGCGUAAAGCCAAAGCCCAAACAACCAAGCAAGUCUGUCAUAAUCAAGAGUGCUGAACGAAACGCCAAAAACAUCUACCUGGCUAGAAUGGAGAUCCUCGGGGUUGAUAAAAACCAGAACCGAGCUUCAUCACCAAUCUACUCCUCCAUCAUAUCCCCUUCAAGUGACAGGUCUUUUUACAGUGGAACAACGGAGUAUAGUUCCUCUCCUCCCAGUCCCACGUAUUCUUACCCUUACAACGGACUCGUCAGUGCUAUUGGCCAAGUUUCUUCUUCUUCUUCCUCUUCUUGGUUCUCGUCUUCAGACUCCUCAAAAGGGAUCAGCACCAUGGUUGGAGGAGGGGUUACAUCUCCACCAUUCUCGUUUAAACCGACAACCCCGCCUCCACCUCCACCUCCAGGACUUGGGCCACCUAAUUCAAUGGGUAGUCCUGUUGUAAGCACAGCAUCGGCUAAUAUUAGGGAUUUUUCUGUGUCUCCAACUGGAAGCUAUACUAGUAUAGAAUCUAGUAAUGGGAGUUCCUCAGCCCCUUCAGGCAAACCUCCAAGUCCAAUAGGGCAUCGGACAUCCAGUCCUCCAGGCUUCCGAUCUCCAAGCCCUAUCGGUCCCCCAGGGUUCAACUCAAGAAGUCCAGUAAUGGACCAGAGAGAUAGUCCCAUUCUAGGCGGAUCCGGUAGUGUAAGUCCACGAAGUCCCACAGCGGGAAGUCCUUCACUGCAAGAGGAAGGAUUACUUAUAAAUUUUCAGAGCGAUAGCGAAGGAAGAAUGUUUUCUCGUACUUCAUCGGGCUCCAGUGGUUCUGGUAUAGCGUCAGAUCAGCAAACAGUCGAAAUAUUAUCUGGAACAAAGAAUAUUUCUUUUCACACUAGUGAUGAUGAUAAAAAUAGCUUUAGCUCGUCGCUCAGAUCUUCACUAUUUAAUAAACUACAAUUAAACAAUCACAGUUUACCUAUCGAUGAAUAUGAAAGGAAAAAGGAACUGGCUUCGAUAGCGAUGCAGAAGAAGGUCCAGUUCACUGAAGUUCGAGUACCAACAGACACGUGGAGUGGCCUGGGAUUCUCGAAAUCCAUGCCAGAAUCAGCCAUUAAACAAUUACUUGAGUUCAAGUCGCGUAACAAAGGAAAUAUGUUGCCGUACAAUGGACCUGUUAACGGGACAUUACCCGAGAACCCGUUACCGCUAUCUUCCUUAGAAACCACGUCACGAGAGACGCGUAGCAACAGUACGUCUAUGUAUGAGCAGACUUCUACUCAACGUGGUCAGCAUUCAGAUAACUUUAGCCCAACUGUUGGCGAACGAAGAAAUACCUACCCAUUUCCCUCACCGCCACUAUCAGACCUUGAAAAACUUCUUGAGAAACUAGGACUAAUGAAAUAUUACAAUAUAUUCCAAGAACAAGAGGUCGACUGGCAAACGUUUUUGACGCUCACCGAUGAUGAUCUAAAAGAACUUGGAGUUACAACGUUUGGUGCUAGAAGAAAGUUGCUGUUAGCAAUAGCAGAACUGAAGAAAAGUCCCAUGGAUGUAUUUACAGAACUGAGUACACCUGUCAACCCACUGCCUUUUCACAGAAAACUCCCAAUGGAUGUUGCAAGUCACAGCGGAAGAUGGUGAUAUCCGAGAAGAACGUUUUCAUGACCAAACGACAUAAUUGGUAAUUACAAGGAUGGUGCAACAAUCUUGGUGUUUAAAGCCAACAUGGCUGGAAUGAAAUACAGCUUCAAAUAGAAGUGAACUUGAAGCUUUUCGAUGAACACCCUUCUGGUAAAGAAUGCAGGAUGACACAGAUUAAUGAAAGCCUUGGUCUGUGGAUGGUGUUCUUUCAUCCCUAUUUGCCUGGAAUACACAUAGGUAUAUUUAAAUACAGAAUACAUUUUGGGUAGUUCAAUCCUACAUAAUUCAAGAAAACGGCACUAUGAUUAGCAUUCAAAUGUGAUGACAAACAUCAUGAAAUCCUCGCAAAUGUUUACCACGCCAUCAUAUCUCACCGACUUAUAAUUCCUUUGCCACAACGUCCCAUAUAAGACUAUUCACAACCAUCUACUUGUGCAACAUUGUAGUGAUCUGAUUAUUGACAGCUCGUCAUCUUUUCAUCGUGUCAUAUUCUCUGAUUACCAAACGCCUAUGACAUGCACAACUGCAUACCAAGAUCAUGUUGGCAAGACKUCCAUUGAUGUCCCAUACUGGACUAUAUGCAACUAUGCCUUCUAUCAUGUUUGCAACAUUAUUCCCUCGUUUCCAACUGUUACCCACACUUGUACAGACUGAGACCAUGUUGAAAAGUCUUCAAUUGAU